AUGUUGCAGAAUUUACUGGCCCUUCAUCAUGUUUCUCAGCGGUUAAUAAGCAGCACUUCCCAGAGGUCUCUACUGAAUAAAGUUGCAGACAAGAGGAGAAGGAUGUUUCAGUAGGAUAAUUGUGUUCCAGUUUAUUUAAAGGGUGGAGUUGGAGGUGCCUUUCUUUACAGACUGACCAUGGCAUUAACUGUUGGAACAGGAUAUGCCCUGCAUGAGCUCUUCAAUGCUGCAAUGCCCAAAAAGAAAAAAUAA